GCUGGUGCUGUAGGAACCAGUGGCGGCUCCUGGGCAGCUCCCUUGGGAAGGACAAGGGGCCUCUCCACAGCUUCUUCUGUGCCUCCUUGCUCCGCUAGGCUCUCCUUCAGAACGGAUACUGGGUGCCUGAAGACCGUGCCAGUGGGGGCUGCCAUUGCAGCAAUGACCAGGGAGGCUGGAGAAGCAGACGGAGUGGCAACAGCAGCAGCAUCCCUCAAUGGGGAGCCCCUCAGCCUCAGCGGGAAUGAUCUGGCUGACAUCGACCUGCACCCAGUGGAGUCCAUCAGUGACCUGUACUGGGCAUCUGGGGGCCAGGAGAGUCACAAGGGCACAGAAGGGAAUGACCCAUCUCGGUCCAAUGCCCCGCCAGCCCUGCACGCCCACCCUGCCAGGCACAUCACCCCCCACCAUGGGCUUCUGCCCAUGCUGCGCCCCGUCCGCCCUGACCCCGUUUGCCCCUGCUUCGGUCCCAUCUGCUGCCGCCGGGCCCUCUUCACCUUUCUCGGGAUGCUGGUGAUGGCCAGCCUCAUCCUUGCCACGCUGGCCGUGUACCUCAGCGUCCUGCAGAGCGAGUCACUGCGCGUCCUCUCCCAGUGGCUGACAAGCCAGGAGCAAUCCGUGCGGCAGAUGAGAGCCACCAGCUUGCAGCUGUGGAGCCGGCUGAAUGCCACAGAGCCUGGAGCCCAGACUUGAGCCACACUGUCCUGCCUGCUGUGCCCUCUGGCCCUGGACAGGGAGGGCAGAAGCCUUGUGCUGCCUGGCGCUUCUAGGACACUGGUACGAGACAGCACCCCCCUUUCUGCAGGGUAAAGACUGACCCCUGUGGGGGCCCCGAGGCCACAGUACAGACUGCUGGCUUUAUUAGGGCACCAUCACUACUGACCUGGGGCCUCUCCCAGGAGCAGAAGACUUUACUCUGUUAGGUGGAGAACCCCUAUCCCCUUCCCUACAGGAGCACCUUAUUUAUAAUCCUCCCCACACUGCCCCCUCCAGCUCUCACACCAAUGCUUCCUCCAUCCAUCUACAUAUAGAUUUUUAUAUGUGACAAUAAAGCCACGAUGCACAUGCCCUGCUGACAGCCUCACCGCCUGCACCUGCCCCAGGAGCACAGCAGCAUUCUGGCCCAAGGGGGCAAAUGGUACAGUGGGGAGGGAGGGAGGGAGGGCAGGCUGCUGUCUCGGAUCAGCCCCAACCUAAUGGGAAUCAGUGCAUGGUACAGACCACUUCCCACACAGCUCAUAUAACAGAAGCUAGAGCAGUCUUGCAGCCCCUGGGAGCCAGGUAAAGCCUGGGAAACCCCUGGGUCCUCCAGCUUUGCCAAGCAGGCCCAUGGAAGGGCAGCCCCAAGGGCCUUUGGGGUGACAUAGAAUCAGCUCAAGAACAAAGCCAAAGGCAGCAGCUGGGGGUGUGCACCUCCAUCCCUCCAGUGAAAAGAUAUUUGAACUGCUGCAUCAACCCAACAAACAGCCAGGCUCCAGGGACUUGCCUGUGCCCCAGAGCCAAGAGCAGGUAUGGAGAAGAGAUCCAAGGCCUGGUCUGUGUUGUGAAUGCUAAGGCUGCAUUUGGGCAGUUGACAGGGAGCAGGCAGCACACAGCACCCCUACCUUCUAUCCCUACCCUGUGCCAGCAGAGAGGGACCUGGGCCCAGGACACUGAAGUUCUGGUAUCUUGGCUCUGCACGUCACAGCUGCUCAGCUGAUGCUGGCAAGAGGGGCCUGGGCAGAACAGGGUGGGGUGAGGCAAGGCACAGAGAGCAGGGGUAGCUAGAGGGAGCUGGCCUAGUGGGGGCUGGCACAGAUCACUGCAGGGCAGACAUGGCAGCAAGCACAACUUGUGCUUGUUCCAUCAGGUUUUUCUCUCAGGGCGUUUGGUCCUUACCCCAGGACAAAGCAGCAGAAAACUCAAGGCUGUCCUCAGGAGCAGGAUGUAAGCCUAGCAUGCCCCACACUAGCAAAGAUCCUGGGGGGAGCUUAGAUGAAAACUGCCCUUUCUGCUCAUCCCCCUCAGGCAUGGGGGGGAACAUGUCACUGUGAGGAAGCAGCCAGCACAGCCCUGCAGGUCAGGAAGGAACCAGAGCAGCCAGCCCAUCAUUCCCGUGCUCCCACUUGGUCACCUCUCCCUUCCCAUCCUAGCCCAUGUGCCCUCGGCACCAAAACAACUGCCAAGCAACUCUUCAAUGAGCCUUUUAAUUAUUGUAAUAAUCCUCAUCUUAUAAAAUCACAUAAAUACAUUCCUGGGAAACCCCCUAGGUAGGGGUGGGGGGAGGCACCCCAAUGGCAUGUGGGGACAGGCAGCCCUGAGCAGCGGCCACAAGGGACACUUGUUUCACUCAGGAGCUGCUGCAAAUUGGGGCUCACUUCCCCCAAGUCCCUGCCCUCCCCACACUCCAAUGGCUCAGCAGGGUCAUUUCUCCCCAUUUGGCACUUAUUUGCUACCCCUCUGCAAGCCCUGGAGGCCUGGCACUGCUUUGGCACAGCCCCAGCAGAGCAAAGCAACAUGAUUCUUCUGUGCAGCAAGCUGGAAUCCAUACAGCAAACUUCCGUACCAAGCUUCUGCCUACCAGCCAGCAUAAUGGUGAGGGGUUACAAGAAUCACUCCAGACCUGUGGUGCAUAUAUCUCAGGCACA